CACCCGAGCUGCUUGCUGCUCCCCUGUUUCUCCUUCCAACGCAGGAAACUGUUCCUUCCCGAGCUGCGGCGGCGAUCGAUUUCUAGGGCAAAUUCCUCGCUUGAGGCGAGAGCAGGUCGGCGGAGGUUGCAGGCAACGAGAUGGCGGGGCGCAAGGAGACGGCGCUCGACCUGGCCAAGUUCGUCGACAAGGGCGUCCAGGUCAAGCUCACCGGCGGCCGCCAAGUUACAGGAACUUUGAAGGGAUAUGACCAGCUGCUGAACUUGGUGCUGGAUGAGGCAGUUGAGUCUGAAAGAGAGCAAGAUGACCCAUUGAAGCUGUCAACGAAGACCAGACAACUUGGUCUCAUUGUGUGCAGAGGCACUGCUGUCAUGCUGGUUUCACCGACUGAUGGAACCGACGAGAUUGCCAACCCCUUCCUCGCAGCGGACGCCGCGGCAUAAACUUUGUACUAGUCAAUUAGUUCAGAGCUGUGUCACUCGAGCAUGAUCCAAACGAGCUACUGUUCUUUGGAGAGAAAAAAACUAAUUGUCCUGUGUUCGGCAUGUGCUGAUGAACUUGCAAUUUGUAUCGAGCUACUUAAAACAUCCUUUCAGAGCAGCCAUGGUUGCAUGUAUCUUCAUUGUUGGAGAAUGUUGUCAUGGUUCUAGGAGAAUGGCUGCAUCUACAGUACCUUGCAUUCUAGCUUGAUGAAAUAUCAGAUGAAGAUACAAGUUUACCAGAA